AUGAUUGACUCUGGCGCACAGGAGUCGGUUCUUUCUAUGAAAACAGCAAGGGAGUGUAACUUACUCAACCAAAUCGACUAUCAAAGGAAAAAGAUGUACCAAGGAAUGGGGCAAGCGUCUUCAGUGGGGACUAUAUAUAUCGUACCCCUCAUCAUCGGCACAACGUACUGCGUCACGUCGCUCAACGUUUUAUCAGAGGACUCCCCACUUGACCAUCUCCUCAUUGGAACAAAUACACUCAGAUCGCUUGGCUGUUGCAUCGACUUUUCAAAGAACUGUUUGAGAGUGAAGGGGGAAGAAGUCCCAUUUUUGACAAACACUGAAGUGGACUACAUUUUGCAUAAGCCAUUCCACAUCAACCCAUUCGAGGGAGAGUUUGUGGCGUCUCAACACAAGUUUUUGAAACCAGAACGACCCGUUCUACCAACACCGACACUGUUAAGGUACCCGGACUUGAUGGUCCAACAAUUGAUCAUGGAGGGGUUAAGUGAUGAUGAUGCUCUCAACAUGCUCGAUAUCACUGGAGGAAAUUUGUCUGAAGCUCUUAGAAAGCUUCACUGA